AUGACAGGCGGCGCGCUCGCAUCCGUUCAAGCGGCAUCGCCGGGACACGACCUCGCAGUUCGCCCUCGCUGGUACUGUUCGACCUGGUGGGCCAGUCUGGUCCUUGGACUAGUCAACUUCUGCGCUCCCGGCAUCUGGGGCGCAAUGAACUCGCUCGGCGCCGGCGGUCUAGCGACUCCCUUCACCGCCAACCUCGCCAAUGCCCUGACCUUCGGACUCAUGGUCCUCACCGCCUUCCUCACUUCCGCCAUCGUCCGACUCGUCGGGGUCAAGUGGACGCUAGCAUUCGGUGCGGCGGGAUACGCUCCCUAUGCUGCCGGACUGUACUGCAACAGCUUGUACGGUAAUCAAUGGUUCCUCUUGCUCGGCGCAGCACUCUGCGGCAUCUCGGCCGGCACGUUCUGGGCGAUCGAAGCCGCCAUCGCGCUCAGCUACCCCGAGCCAUACAACCAAGGCCGCUUCCUCGGCCUCUGGCUGUCCUUCCGCGUCGGCGGCCAAAUUCUCGGCGGCGCCAUCAACCUCGGCCUGAACGCGAACCGCUCGACCGCCGGCGCCGUCAACUCGAAGGUGUACAUCAUCUUCAUCGUCCUCCAGGCGGUUGGACCGUUCGUCGCGUUCCUCUUGCCUGCGCCGCGCAAGGUCCAGCGUACGGAUGGCCUGCCCGUUCGCCUCUUCAUCGACAACCCCCUCCUCCACGAGCUGAAGGCGACCGCGAAGCUCUUCUUUUCCAAGCGGUUCCUCCUCAUCGUCCCGCUCAUCACGCAAGCCGUCUUUCCCGAAAGCUUCAACGGCACCUACCUCACCCUGCACUUCUCGACCCGCUCUCGCGCCCUCGGCUCCUUCCUCUCGGCCAUCGUGGCCAUCGUCUGCGGAAACCUCCUCGGUCUCUGGCUCGACCGGACGAGGGUCUCGCUCAAGCGCCGCGCCCGGCUCGCCUUCUUCGUCGUCCUUGGCUUGCAAGGAGCGUGGUGGAUCUGGUCGACGGUCAUUCAGGUCGAGUUCAACCGGACCGGGCGAGUGUACGACUGGGCAGACAAGGGAUUCGGGCGCGGAUUCGCCCUCUAUUUGUUCCUCGUCGCCGGAUUCCAGCUCAACUACCUCUUCCUCUACUUUGUCGUCGGCACACUUGUAACGGAACCAGCCGACAUCGUUCGGAUUGGCGGUCUCUUGCGUGCGACCGAGUCUGCGGCACAAGCGGUCUCUUACGGCCUCAACUCCCUCUCCUCCUUCACGACAGUCGGCGCCUCCUCCCUCAAUUUCGGCCUCUGGGCUUUCUCCCUCUUCCCCGCCUGGCUGGUCAUCGGCAAGAUCGGCACGGAGUACCUCGGCAGGGGAGUGAAGGAGACGGAGGAGGCGGAGGUCAAGGUGUUGGAGAGCGGAGGGGCGAGCUUGGAGAGCGAGAAGAGCUCGAUUGUCAGGUAG